AUGUCGGUUCGAAUCAAAAAGCUGUCAGCUCUCUUCGUUAGCUCCCAACUGCCAAGUCAUGCCGCGGCAAUGGGUUUGCUACUAUCGCUACUCGCCCGUUACCAGCCUCUGAUCCCCGUAGUAGAAGCCGCGGAUCUAGCGCGAGUUCUCUCCCUCGUGUUGAGUAGUCCUCUCGCGCAAAACCGCGAGGCUCGCAAGCGUCUCCUCACGGAGGGCAGUAUGGUGCACACACGACCCCACAGCGAAACACCUCGGGGCGGCCAACAGGUGAAUAGUCGUCCUGCCAGUGGCCAGAUUAUCCUCAGUCUCUCCACAUCCAACAGUCUGGAGCAUAGUAGUAACAAUGGCAGCUCUCACGAUGCCAGCAUUCUCUUUGGCCUGCCCAUGACCGUAUGGCCCUGUGAGACUGGCUGGCUUGAUGGGCUUUUCCUCCUCGUGAACAGUUGUUCUGUACAUCAGCAACUGUUUGCCUCCUUACUUCAAAUGCUUCUGGAUGGCCAAAUCUGGUCACGACUUUGGCGGACAAUUGCUCAGGUUCUGGACAUACGAACGCACCCCCGCUCCGGGGAGAAGGAACCCUUUUUUGACUGGUGUAUGCUCUCUCCAAAGGGUCUUUUGCCCGCUUUGGAGCUGGCUUUGCAGUUAGCCUACAAGCAACCGAGCCUCUUUUCUAAGUCGCUACGCGAAGAGCCCAGUGAACUUCUGGCCUGUCUCCGAUAUCUGGUAUCGAUGCAUUCUCCUCAGAUAAACUUUGUGCACUUCGCCGCCAUUUCUGCCUCGGCUGCAAUGCUCUUCAGUGUGCCUUUUGUUGAAUCAAGUGCGUCCGAUGAGCUUUUGCCGAUUUUGAAUACCUAUGCAAAAAUCGAAAUUCUCGAGAGCCUUCGUGACCUUGCCUGCGCUCUAGUCUUUUCAGCAGAUGCAAAGGCUGUAGGUCUACCGGAAGAGCGGACUAACUUGGUAGUCCGACUUCUCUUCGAUAUCGGUGCCCAUUAUGCGUCCAAUCUGACCGCACCGUCAGAUCAGCCCUUCCUCGUCAGCAUGAACUGGGGUACUAUAGUUCCCUGCACAGUGGAACGCCGACUUCGAAAUAACUAUCAAGAGGCUCUGUUACGUCAUGCCUUGCGGCUUCUCGGGGUGUACGAUUCCUCAAAGGCGGUCCCUCCGAAAGUUGCCUUGAACCAGGAUACAAUGCGACUGAUAGAGCACUGCUUGAAUUCCACGGAUCCCUCACUCCGCCUCUCCAUCUGCGCCUUCUUAACCCACAUUCUUCUGCGGUUUGUUGACGCCAGCAACCGUCGUCUGUCCUCCCCGACUUCAAAGCCAACUUCACCUACUUUUCGGUUUUCCGGGCUGCCGCGCCCUCUCUGUACGGAGCUAGUUUGCCAACUCCUCCAGUUCUCCCCGGAUGAGCUCCAAAAAACCGCCACAGUAUAUCAGCGACUUGUAGUUCAUCUCCUUUUGCACCGAAAUAGCGACAUCUUACUCGCAGCCGUUCUUCUCUAA